GAAGACCGCGCGCGAGCUCCAAGUAAGGAAGCAACAGAGCUCAACAACAACAACAACAACAACAACAACAACAAGCGGCUUCAGAGAAAACAACAAGAACAACAAACUAACAGGCACCAUGGGCAAAAAGUAUGACAUGAAGGACAAAGAGCAAGGAAGUCCAAAUGGAGACAUAAGUGGAGGAAAAAAGGGAAAUAAAAAAGAGAAACCUGCCCCGGAACCAAUGGUGGGACCACUGGAAAUCUUUCGCUUUGCUGAUAGUUUUGACAUUCUUCUGAUGUUGGUUGGAACCAUUAUGGCCAUUGGCAAUGGAGCGGUACUUCCUGCUAUGGUGAUUGUAUUUGGAGACAUGACGAACAGCUUUGUGGUAGACAGUAUGGCAGGGAACCUGCCUCCAAAUAUUACCUUACCGAACAACAGCUCCAAUAUAACACUUGGAGAAGAGAUGACAAGGUAUGCCAUUUACUACAGCAUCAUGGGAGCUGUAGUCCUAUUUGCGGCUUACAUGCAAGUGGCCUUCUGGACCCUGGCUGCAGGGCGACAAGUGAAGAGGCUCAGAAAGUUGUUCUUUCACUCCAUCAUCAAACAGGACAUCGGCUGGUUUGACAUCAACGAGACAGGACAACUCAAUACACGACUCACAGAUGACAUCUUGAAGAUAAAUGAAGGCAUUGCAGACAAGCUGGGCACAUUAAUUCAGUCCCUCUCCACCUUUUUAACGGGCUUCAUCAUUGGGUUUUUUAAAGGCUGGAAGCUCACCCUGGUCAUCGUCUCAAUAAGUCCCCUGCUAGGUCUCUCGGCUGCUGCCAUUGCCAAGAUAAUGACCACAUUCACGUCGAGGGAGCAGACAGCAUAUGCGAAAGCUGGAGCUGUAGCUGAAGAGGUGCUAUCUUCCAUCAGAACUGUCUUUGCUUUUGGAGGACAGAAGAAGGAAAUAAAGAGGUAUGAGAAAAACCUGGAAAAUGCCAAGAACUGUGGUAUAAAAAAAGCCCUUACAGUAAACAUCGCAGUGGGUUUCACAUACUUCAUGAUCUACAUAUCCUACUCUCUGGCCUUCUGGUAUGGCAGCACGUUGAUUUUCUCUGGAGAAUAUGACAUCGGAACACUUCUGACAGUUUUUUUUGCCGUUGUGAUUGGAGCAUUCGGCCUUGGCCAGACCACUCCCAACAUCCAAGCGUUCUCUACUGCACGAGGGGCUGCUCACAAGGUUUUUAGCAUCAUCGAUCAUAAACCCAGCAUCAACAGUUUCUCAGAUGAAGGCUACAAACUCGACAUGGUGAAAGGAAACAUUGAGUUCAAAGACAUUCAUUUCAGCUACCCCUCGCGACAGGAUGUGAAAGUCCUAAAUAGCAUGAAUCUGAAGGUUAGCAGUGGACAGACUAUUGCUCUUGUAGGUAGCAGUGGUUGUGGUAAAAGUACAACAGUCCAACUGCUUCAGCGCUUCUACGACCCCCAAGAAGGAACAGUGAAUAUAGAUGGCCAUGACAUUCGCACUCUGAAUGUGCGCCGUCUCAGGGAGAUGAUUGGCGUCGUGAGCCAGGAGCCUGUUCUUUUCGCCACCACAAUUGCCGAGAACAUUCGAUAUGGCCGUGAGGAUGUAACGCAGGAGGAGAUAGAGCGGGCCACACGCGAGGCCAACGCCUAUGAUUUCAUCAUGAAACUUCCUGAUAAAUUUGAGACUCUGGUGGGAGACAGAGGCACUCAGAUGAGUGGAGGACAGAAACAGAGAAUUGCCAUCGCCCGAGCUCUCGUGCGCAACCCCAAGAUCCUCCUAUUAGACGAGGCAACAUCAGCUCUGGACACAGAAAGUGAAGCAAUUGUACAAGCAGCCCUGGAUAAGGUGAGACUUGGCAGGACAACCAUCAUCGUGGCCCACCGUUUGUCCACCAUCCGUAACGCUGACGUCAUUGCCGGAUUCCAAAACGGGAAUGUCGUAGAGCUCGGCACACAUGACGAACUGAUGGAGAAAAAAGGAGUGUACCAUUCACUGGUCACUAUGCAGACAUUUAAUAGCACAGAAGGCACAGAUUUAAAAGCAGAGGAGGCAGAGCUGGAUGAGAAGAGCCCCACUACGUCUUUGAUGGAACAUACACUCUACAGACAGAAAUCCAAGAGUUUUAUUGACUCAGAGAAAGGCCAGGAAGAAGUACACAAAGAUUCAGUACAGGAGGAAAAGGUCCCAGAAGUGUCAUUCUUCAAAGUACUGAGUCUGAAUAAGGCUGAAUGGCCUUACAUGGUGGUGGGAAUCUUCUGUGCGAUUAUCAAUGGAGGCCUGCAGCCUGCUUUUGCUGUUAUCUUCUCCAAAAUCAUUGCUGCAUUUGCUGAAAUAGAUAUAGACGUUAAAAGGGAAAAAGCGAAUCUCUUCUCAUUGUUGUUUGCGAUCAUUGGGGUGAUUUCCUUCAUCGCUCUUUUCUUACAGGGUUUCUGUUUCGGUAAAGCUGGAGAGAUUCUGACCAUGAAACUGAGGUACAGAGCCUUUAAAUCCAUGCUGAGACAGGACCUAGGUUGGUAUGAUGACCCUAAGAAUAGUGUGGGAGCACUGACCACCAGACUGGCCACGGACACUGCUCAAGUGCAGGGCGCAACAGGCGUGAGAUUGGCCACGUUGGCUCAGAAUGUGGCAAACCUUGGCACUGCAAUCAUCAUCUCAUUUGUGUACGGCUGGCAGCUCACCCUCCUCAUCCUCUCCAUUGUGCCAGUUAUGGCUGUAGCAGGGGCUAUCCAGAUGAAGAUGUUAGGAGGCCAUGCCACAAAGGACAAGAAGGAGUUAGAGAAAGCUGGAAAGAUUGCUACUGAAGCCAUAGAAAAUGUCCGCACAGUUGUAUCAUUGACCAGAGAGAGGACGUUUGAGAGACUUUACCAGGAGAACCUAAUUCUACCAUACAAAAAUGCUCAGAAGAAGGCACAUAUCUUUGGCUUGACAUUCUCUUUCUCCCAAGCCAUGAUCUACUUUGCCUAUGCGGGCUGCUUCAGGUUUGGUGCAUGGCUUAUUGAGCAGAAACUGAUGACGUUUGAGGGUGUUUUUCUUGUGAUCUCGGCUGUAAUUUAUGGAGCCAUGGCAAUGGGAGAAGCCAACUCCUUUACUCCAAACUAUGCCAAGGCCAGGAUAUCAGCCUCCCAUAUCCUAAUGCUCAUCAAUCGAGUCCCAGAUAUCAACAACGACUCCGAGGAGGGAGAAAAACCGGAUCACUUUGAAGGGAACGUGCGCUUUCAGGAUGUGAAAUUCAGAUACCCGUCACGGCCAGACGUGCCCGUACUGCAGGGCCUGCGGCUGCAGGUGAAGAUGGGGCAGACCCUUGCUCUGGUGGGCAGCAGUGGCUGUGGCAAGAGCACCACAAUUCAGCUGCUGGAGAGAUUUUAUGAUCCACUACAAGGCACAGUGAUGCUAGAUGAUCAUGACGUGAAACAACUAAACAUCCACUGGCUGCGCUCUCAGAUCGGUAUUGUAUCUCAAGAGCCCAUAUUGUUCGACUGCAGCCUGGCUGAGAACAUCGCAUACGGAGAUAACAGCAGGCAGGUCACUCAGGAGGAGAUCGAACAAGCUGCCAAGGCUGCCAAUAUACACUCCUUCAUAGAGGGGCUUCCUCAGAAAUACCAGACUCAGGCAGGUGAUAAAGGCACUCAGCUGUCAGGGGGACAGAAGCAGCGGAUCUCCAUCGCUAGAGCCAUCCUGCGCAACCCCAAACUGCUGCUCCUGGACGAGGCUACGUCAGCUCUCGACACAGAAAGUGAAAAGAUUGUACAGGAGGCCUUGGAUAAGGCUCGUGAGGGUCGUACCUGCAUCAUAGUGGCUCACCGGCUGUCCACCAUCCAGAAUGCUGAUGUUAUCGCCGUGUUCCAGAAUGGCGUGGUGGUGGAGAAGGGCACACACAAACAGCUCCUCAACCAACAGGGAGUUUACUACACCCUCGUCAAUUCCCAAAUGGGUUACAGCAAAUAGGCAACUAUUGGAGAUGGACACUGAACCAAGAUUUAUUUUAUGCAAAACAGAAAUGCAGUAACGUCUACUGUAAAGAAGAAUGUUGCUAAUAACAUUUUUAGAUGAUCUGUUAUGUAAGGCCAGGAUGUAGAUGAAGUUGUAAGUUGCAGAUGUUGUUGUUCUUUCUAUCUAUGUGACAGUAAUUAAGAUUUAAAAGCUGGAACAGAAUAACAGUAAGAAAAGGUAAUGGACAAGAGACGCACUGCUGAAAAUAUCAAAACUUUAAAAAUAACUUACUUCGGUCCACUGGACAUGUACUCAGUUCUAACCUGGACGUUUAUCCAAGUUAAGUUAAAACUUAAAAUCUAUAAUAUGACUAACAGCAUUUGUUAAAAUAAGAAUUAAGCCACACACUUUCACUCAGUGAUAGAGACAGACAUGAAGUCUGAUCUACACAGCUCCAGUGAACCAGAAUGUGCCACAUGUAUGCAAUUAUGACUAAAUUAAUGAAGCCUUAUAAAGAAAAUGUUUUCAAAAAGGAAAAACGAGGACUGGGACUUAUGUCGCGGAAUUAUUAGACAUUCUGCAAUUGCACUUUUGUGGUCUCUAUUUUUUAUACAUUUUUUUUA